AUGAUUGACAAAGGAUUGAAAAUUCGAUUCGAUUCGAAUACCCCUUCAAAGUCGAAUCGAAUCGAAUCGAAACCAGAACUCUUUUGUCGUCGCUCAAUUUCUUCCACAGUCCAAGCAGGUCGAUCCAUGAUGCCCCAAGGCUUCAGAGUGUUCGCUUCCAUUACAGUUGCCAUCAUUGCCAUUCUGACUGCUGCUACAUCUCCCUCCUUCUUAUCUCGACUUGGAAGUGCCUUUGCGAAGAAGCCACCCUCACCAAAGUCGCCAUUGUCUAAAUCUGUAUUUCGCACCAAAAUGCCGUCUGAACAAUCCAUCGUCCUGCCAACGUCCAAUGCUCCCGGACUGCUCUCUGACAUGGAAAGUGAUCUAGCAGUGGUAUUGACCCAUCCCUGGGGCCCGUUGGGAGGGAACAUGCACAACAACGUCGUGAUUGCCGGUGCUCGGCAUUUUCAAAGAUUGGGCAUUACGACCCUCCGAUUCGAUUUCGUGGGAUGGCAGCUCAGUUGGGGAACCUUUCAGGCUCAACAAGUAGUCGAGGCUGCCAACUACUUGACAGAAAAUACCAAAGCCACCAAAAUAAUGCUGGUGGGAUACUCCUAUGGAAGUUUGCUGGCCGCCAGUGCUUCGGCUCAAGUUGAUGCAGUUGUGGCCAGUGUCUCCAUUGCUCCACCAUGGAGUGUCAAGCAUUGGCUACUGCUCUUCAAUUCCAAUCACCACUUGAAUCAAGCCAAGCAAAAAGAGAAUCUACCACGCCUCUGUCUGUUGGGAGACAACGACAAUUUCACAACUGAGCAGGUCUUUUGGAAGACCUUGGAAGGAUUCCCCGCGGAUAGUACCACGGGCAAGAUACUCCCCAAUGCAGAUCAUUUCUUUCGUGGACGAGAAUCAGACGUCAUGAAAGAAAUCGAAGAGUGGUUAUUGAAAAUAUUUCCCAAAUGCCAAGGCGAUCCCAAAAAGUUGGCUUCGGCAGAAGUAUAUGAAUAG